AUGGUCCGCGAACAGUCUUUGUUUUGUAAGAUUCUUAUCUUCCUGCAAGUAAUAAGGCUUUCAUUUGAAAUGAAUAACGAAUUUGUACCUGAGAGGGAAGAUUUGUUUAGUGAGUGCCAGGACAAGCCAGGAUUUGAUUAUAUGGAUAAAUUUGGAGAUUUUUCCCUUCUCAGCCGUAAAAGGGGUAAAAAUGGUGGAACUUAUAUAUCAGGGAACAUUACUAUGGUAUGGGAUGUCGAACCAUCAGAUCGUGUCGCGGUCGAAGGCUACUUAUUAAAAUUGGAAGGUGGAAUUUGGAAACCAACUGUUUUAAAAGCAAGUGAUAAAGAUUUCUGCAGGUCAUUUUACGACAAGAAGACAAUUUAUUAUCCCUAUUCGACUGAACACGUAAUUAACAAGGAUGAAGUGAAGGAGAAAUGCCUAACCAACCCUGGAACAGUUUUAGUGGUGGAACCUUUUUUUCAGAGAAUACUGAUAAAUUUCGCAGUGCCUCUAACUGUGGGACGUCACAAGGUUGUAAUAAUGUUUUCUGCCUUUGACAAAGCUGGAGUUAAACGUCCUAGGGAUAUAUGCAUGGAAAUUAUUGGCGAUAUUGUACAUGCCUGAGCAAAAUCACUAAGUUUUCUUUCAAUUGCAGCUUAGCCGAUAUUUGUUAAGGCUUUAAAAAUCCAUAUUCUAGAAGUCGAUGUUCUAUUGUUUUUACUAACAAACAUUCACGUUUUUAAAACAUUUUAUUUAGCUUUCGUCAAAUUUUGCACAACAAAUAAAAUUUAAAUCAAACAAG